AUGUCACCAAUCCUUUUGUUUCUGGAUGGUAAUCAUGAUCUAUCCUUCAAGCUUGCUCACAUCUUUGGACUUGUUGAAACUGGAAUUCACUCCGAGCAACUACUUCUAUGUGCAUUGAGCGAUGUCUACUGCUAUCUCACCGAGUCACCUCACUUUAACUACAAGUCGCGCACAUGCGCUCGUGUGGCUUCCUCUGGUCUGGCUUGGCAAAUCAAACAUCAUAUUCAAGCUUCGAGAUGUCCCAAUUCAUGGCGCGGUAUGGUCAAGAAAGGUGUAUCAGCACUCAGUGUGGGUGCGCUGGACCUCCUUGGCGAAUCCAUCAAGCAUAUGUGCCGCCAAGACACUGGCAUAAACUUAAAGCAUUGCCAUGCUGAUGCUAUGGAAUUUUAUGCUGCUUUGACGACUGAGAAUGAUGCACAACCCACUCCACUUUCGGAUGAUGAAUUGGCAGCUGAUUGCUUGAGAGCAUUAUCUACCUUAGCUUAUACCAUCGUCAAUGGCACAGCUCAUGCGAUUGAUUACUUGAUUCCUCCUGCUAUCACAAAACCAGCAGAAGUUCCUAGUCUUCAAGCCACUUUGAAUGGUCUUGUUAAAAAAAGAAGUUCGACUGAUUUACAUGAAGAUUUCCUUCAGCAUGGAUUAGAAAGUGCUAGACUUGCUCAUUGGAACCCAGCUCUACGUGGUAUGACUGUCUGUGCUGAACACUUAGAAAGACAACAUGGCAAACCAAUUGGUAUGAUUGAUGAAACUUUCCGACUCGAUCGAGAUAGCUCCGACUAUUUACGAUUAUUAGAUGUCGAUGGAUAUUGUAUGCCGCUCAUGAAACAUCUUUUACCUAUUAUCAUGGAAGAGACCUUUUCACUUCCACGUGUUCGACGUUCUCCUGGUCCUCAAGGUAAAUUGAAAAAGAUCAUGAUCACAGGUGCUGUGGCUAGUAUACCUACGAUGCAUAUCAGAUAUGAGGGUACCCAAGCAUAA